UUUUUAGUGUUCUUACUUCGAUAAAGCGAUAAAACGAGCUUUUUGCUUAAAAAUAAAAAGCCGCCCCCUAAUCUGGUGACUUUAAGCGCUUACGUGUGCAAGCCUUCCGCCAGUUGACAUUUCAUCUGUUAUGUAGUUAAUUGUCAAAAAAAUAUGGAAAAUAGUAUCUCUCUGAAAAAACCGUCACCCCUUGGCCAAAAAAGCACCGAAAUGAAGAAACCAUCACCUAAUCAUUAACACCCGUUCUAAUCUCGCAUCGAUAAUUCCGCCACUCGUCCAUUUUCAAUUAAAAUUUACCGUUUUGUUUUGACGUCGACGUAAUGCAACUGUAAAGUAAUGGUGGUAAUAAGAUGUUAGAAAUUUUCCAAAUGUUUUUGUUCUUGUUCAAGUCGAAAUACCGUCGAAAAUGUUACGUGUGGCAGGCUUUGUGUUGUGCUGUUGUGGUUUUAAAUGUUUGCUCUCUUGUUAAGGCCAAAUGUGCGGAUUGUAGCGGCAAUGGGGUGUGUAAAAAUGAGACUUGUGUGUGUUACGACGGCUGGCAGGGGCCCCAGUGCCAGUUUUGCGGCGGAAAAGUGCGUUUGGGUACCUCCACCGGUACCAUUCACGACGGCUUGGGCAACUACUCUCUCAGCGUGAAAUGCUCCUGGUUGAUCGACGCCCCCAACACCUCCAUCACCCUCCACCUGGAGGAGUUCGCCACGGAGUGCGGUUGGGACCACCUGUACAUCUUCGACGGCGACAGCGUGGACUCGCCCCUUCUGGCCGUCUUCAGCGGUCUCAUGUACAAAGGCGACUACAACAUCCGCCGCAUCCCAGAAAUCGUCGCUUAUUCGGGCUCCGCCCUCGUCCAUUUCUUCAGCGACGAUGCUUUCAACAUGUCUGGCUUCAACAUGACCUACCGCCUCAACGCCUGUCCCUCGAAAAUAUCGGGGGUGGACUGCAGCGGCAACGGCAUUUGCAUUGAUCAAGUGUGCACAUGCAACGGGGGCUGGACGGGGGUGGCAUGCCACCUUCAAAAAUGCCCCGAUAAUUGCGGACAACACGACGGCAGAGGCCGCUGUGAGCCCGAAUUCGGGUGCCGGUGUGAAAGUGACUACAAGGGGGACGAUUGCAGUCAAUACGCCCCCAGUGGCUAUUGGGAAACGGUCAAUGUUGAAAGUUUUGUGCCUCCGGGAUCGGCCUCACAUGGGGCUGCCGUGUGGAGGGACUCCAUGUACGUCAUCGCCGGGGAGAGCUACAGUCGCAGAUUUAUGCUCUAUGUAUACGAUUUUAACGGGAACGUCUGGGAGACACCAUACAUUUCCGAAAGUCCCUCCCAACGCUACGGUCACUCGACCGUCAUCUAUGGCGAUAAAAUCUUCCUCUAUGGUGGUGUGAUGGGUAAUCGGGGGCCCACGUCCGAAGUGUGGGCUUUUGAUAUUAAUGCCAAAACUUGGGAGAAUAUAACUGUGAAAGCAGUGGCGUGCAAUUCGAGUGUGUUGAUGUGUGGGCCGUUGAAAUCGGCCGGACACACAGCCACUGUGAUUGAGAAUUCGACCAAUCGGAAAGCCGAUCGUAUGAUUGUUUUAUUCGGUCAUUCGCCACAUCUUGGCUACUUGAAUACGGUCCAGGAGUAUUAUUUUGGUACACGGGAGUGGCACAUAGUUGCAACUAAGGGAUAUCCGGUCAAGGGUGGCUAUGGACAUACAGCCACCUGGGAUCCCUUGACUGGGAAAAUUUAUGUUUAUGGAGGAGUGGUUUCGGAAAAUGAGUCGGCUCAAGUUUUGAGUAAAAGUCUUUAUUCGUAUGAUCCCAAUACGCGAGUUUGGGUGUUGUUGAAGGACGCGCCUUCGGCUCGUUUCCUCCACACUUCGACUUUUAUUUCGGGGGGUUUAAUGCUAGUUUUUGGGGGAAAUACCCACAACGAUACGUUGCACAGUUUCGGAGCAAAGUGUUACAGUUCGGAGUUUUUGGCUUAUGACGUUACGUGUGAUACUUGGCAGGUGUUACAAGUGCCAAAGGAUAUUCACGCUGAUUUGGCUCGUUUUGGUCAUUCUGCCGUUACUUUUGAGGGUUCGUUGUACAUUUAUGGAGGGUUUGACGGACAAAUGUUGUCCGAUAUGUUAAAAUAUACACCCGGGAGUUGUACAAAUUUUAUCACUUCCAAUGAGUGUUUGAGUAAGAAGCCCGGAGUUAAGUGUGUCUGGGAUAUGCGGAAUAAUUUUUGUACGGCCAUUCAGAAUAUUCCGGUGAAGAAUUUGACGGUUCAAUUGGAUGGGUUGAUAAUCCGGUGUCCGGAAUUGAGUCGUACGAUGAUUACGCAAAGUUUAAUCCAGAAUGAGAAUCGUUGUGAGAAAUUUGAAGAUUGUUUGAGUUGCGUUCAAACGACGAGCGAGUGCGUAUGGUGUGGAAAUUCCUGUAUGCACAACAAAAAAUGUCGAAAUAGCUCCGAGGCCAAUAUUGCGAAAUUGGAACAAUGUCCGCUCGAUCCUAGUCCUAUUUGUAAGCAGCUGCACACUUGCUCGGCUUGCACCUCGCAACCGUUCUGCAGAUGGCGCUUCGAGCACGCCAAAUGCGUGACCCACCCCUUGCCUUCCAACGUAACCGCCGCCGCUGCGGAACCCAUCCAAUGCCAAAAAGUCUGUUCCGAAUACAAUUCCUGUCUCAACUGCACUCAGGAGGAGUGCAUCUGGUGCCAGAACGAAGGCCGUUGCGUUGACAAAAACGCCUACACGGCCAGCUUCCCCUAUGGUCAGUGUCGCGAAUGGACAACCGUUGGAAGCAAAUGUCGCACUCGAGGCGCAAACGAAAACUCCCAAUGCAGUUUCUACUCCACGUGUGCAAAAUGUCGCGAUGACCCCGCUUGUGGAUGGUGCGAUGAUGGGUCCAGGACAGGUCUUGGCAAAUGUAUGCCUGGAGGAUAUGCUGGUCCAACAUUACACACUCAUUCGCUCCCUUCGUCCACUUGUCCUCCAGAUCGGUGGCAUUUUACAACGUGUCCGUUGUGUCAAUGUAAUGGACAUGCGAGUUGUAUUGCGAAUUCGAGUGUUUGUCUACCGUGUCAGAAUCUGACGAUGGGGACGCAGUGUGAGCAUUGUGUCAAAGGGUAUUGGGGGAAUCCCGUAAAUGGGGGAAAAUGCCAACCGUGUGAAUGUAACGGGCAGGCGACGCAUUGCCAUCCAGAAUCGGGCAAGUGUUAUUGCACGACAAAGGGAUUGAUUGGGGAUCAUUGUGAGAAGUGUGAUGCCACUAAUCACUAUAAUUCCGACCCGAUUAACAAGGAUUCGUGUUAUUACGAUUUAACAAUCGACUAUCAGUUCACCUUCAACCUGUCGAAGAAAGAAGAUCGCCACUUUACCCAAAUAAAUUUCCGAAAUUCCCCGAUUAAGGCCGACAUCGAUGCCGAUUUUUCCAUAACGUGUUCCGUUCUUGCCAAAAUGAACAUAACAAUAAGACGUGGUGGUUCAAAGGAAGAGAAGCCGAUUUAUGAAGAUUUCAAUUGUACCACUUUCCGGACGAAAUUCCCUAAGUCCGAUUAUAAUUUCGGUGUUGAGGAUAACAUCACCUUGACCACGUUCUACGUUUAUGUUUACGAUUUCCAGCCGCCACUUUGGAUCCAGAUUUCUUUCUCCCAGUACCCGAAAUUAAAUUUGCAGCAGUUUUUUAUCACUUUUUCGUCGUGUUUUCUCCUGUUGUUGCUUUUCGCUGCGAUUUUGUGGAAGAUUAAGCAGAGGUAUGAUAUGUACCGUCGCAGACAGCGACUUUUUGUUGAGAUGGAACAAAUGGCAUCGCGUCCGUUUUCGCAAGUUUUGGUCGAGUUGGAAGUGAAGGAAAAGCUCGAUUUUGAUAAUAUUUCGGUGAUUGAUUUGAAGCGAAAAAAGCGCGAUGCCCCAAGUCCUAUUGCACUUGAGCCUUGUUAUGGUAAUAAAGCGGCCGUUUUGAGUCUUUUAGUGAGGUUACCGACGGGUUGUGAGCCUUACACAGUUAAGGGCCAGUCGGCCGGUUUGGCUAUAGCUAGUGCUUUGGUAACGCUGGGGAAUCCCCGCAAAAUGAGCAUCGAUCAAGUGAAAACCGAAACGAAAAGUGGAAAAUCGCGCAAAUCCCAAAGUCAGCAUCCUGAUAGUUGUCUUUAGUUGGGGUUUUUUGCCGUACUUAUUGGUCCGAAUUUGUGAUACGUUUUUCCAGGCCAUGGAUUUUUUUAAUAGCAUUAAAAAUGACAAACAUGAAAUAGUUAUUGGUGUGUUUAGGACGCCACUUGUAUUUCGAAGCAAUUUUAGCAAUAUUAUGAUGACUAACUGCUUUUUUUAAAAUCGCCUCUUUUCCUCCUCCAUUUGUUUGUGUGGUGAGCUUUUUUAAGACGUUUUAAUGAGAGACUGAACAUAUUUAUUGUUUUAUACUAUUGAUAUUUUUUCAUCUGUUGAUUUUUACGGUAAUGGGCUCGAAUUUUAUUUACUCAUCGGAUCGACUAGUCCUUGAAUCAUAUAAUGCGGUCCUGAUCUCAUUACGUACACUUUACUCAAAUUUUAGGAAACGUGUAUCCGUUUUCAACCCGUCUCAUUUUUAUAUCAAUACAUUCAACUUAGAUGCAACAUAUUUUAGUAACUUUCCAUUUUAUUUACUGCCAUGUACCUAUUAUAUUAUGUACAAUUAUUUCUAUUGUAAAUAAAUCAUUAGUUAUAUGUUCUCUUA